AUGAUGACAGAGCAGGCCACCCAGGUCGUUGUCGCUUCGCACAACCCCGUCAAGAUCUCAGCCGCAAGGGAGGGCUUCAGCGGCAUGUUUCCCUCUCGGGCAUUCUCCUUUACUGGGCUCAAUGUGCCGUCCGGCGUUGCUGAACAGCCCAUGACGGACGCGGAAACCCUGCAGGGGGCCAGGAACCGAGCUCGCAACGCCCGCCAAGCAAAGCCCGAGGCCGACUAUUGGGUUGGCAUCGAGGGCGGCGUGGACGACAGCGGAGAUGCCAUGGAAACAUUUGCCUGGGUCGUCGUGCUGGGCAAGCAUUCUGAAUCAGCAGCCGAACCGGAGCAGAUGGGACGGGCUCGCACGGCAGCUUUCUUCCAGCCGGAAGAAGUAGCGAGAUUGGUGCGCAGUGGCAUGGAACUGGGACCAGCGGACGAUCAGGUGUUUGGCAGCGAAAACUCGAAGCAACAUAGCGGAUCAAUCGGUCUGCUGACUGGAGACUUGAUCAAUCGGUCGGCAUACUAUGUGCCAGCGGUCAUUGGAGCGCUGAUUCCAUUUCGAAACCCGACUCUGACAUUUUCUCAGUUUUGAGUAAAGGAGAGGCUCAUGCAAAGGAGUGAGGACCACAGAGGGAAUACGAAGACUGAGAAAGGGUCACGAGAAUGAAAAGACUAUGGAGUAUUGGUCCAAGUAUAAGUUUUGCUGAAACCGAGGCUGAGGUGACGGACAAGCCCAGCACUCACCUAAAGAGAGAUAUAGAGAGAAUGCAGAAGAGAGCAGGAGCGGAUUUCGCUUCACCAAAUAUUCCCACAACACAUUCACUGGAU